AGAGAGAGAGAGAGAGAGAGAGAGAGAGAGAGAGAGGAGAUGGUGAUCAUUAGACAUGGUGAAGAUGAAGUGUAUAAGGCAGCAUGGUCUGGGUGUGUAGAAUCCUUAAACGCAUUGAUAGAAAAAGACCCACGUAUUCUUAGAAACCUUGCACCAGUACUGCUGACCACCAAAACUCUUACACCCUUACAUAUAUCGGCUUCGUUAGGACACCUUGAAAUUACCAAAACCCUUCUCACUUAUAUUCCAGAACUUGCAGAAGCGUUGAACUCCUUUAGAAGCACACCUUUGCACUUGGCUUCUGCUGAGGGGCACAAGGAGAUCGUCCAGGCUUUGCUCCUUGUAUAUAAUGGCGCGUGCUCGUGUCGUGAUGAGGAGGGAAGAAUCCCUCUUGACUAUGCUGCCAUGAGAGGACAUGUUGAGGUCCUCAAGAAGUUGACACAUGCAAAUCAUGAUUCCAUUUACCUUAGGGUUGAUAAUGGAUUUGAUAAUGGAUUAACUGUUUUGCACUUGUGUGUUAAAUAUAACCAGUUAGAGUGCUUGAAAUUUCUGGUUGAACUGGUGAGAGACGAUGGUGAGUUCCUCAACUCAAAAGAUGGCUCUGAUGCUGGUAUGACCAUCCUGCAGUCAGCUUUGAUGCGAGGGCAAAUUCAGAUCACUACUUACCUGCUCUCCUUGCCUGUUAUAAGAGCAAAAGCGAAUGCUGAUAAGGGGAUGUCUUCGAACAUGUUAGGUGUCUUAGAGCACGUCCCUCCUCCAGCUGCUGCUGAACCAUCACCAAAUCCAAGUGUUCGACCCCCUCAGAGGUGGAGGAAGAAAUUGAUGGAAUGCUUGAAAUAUCCCAACAAAUGGUUGGAAGAGACGCGUGGCCUUCUGAUGGUUGUGUCAACCAUGAUCUCAACCAUGACUUUCCAAGCUGUAGUUAACCCACCAGGUGGUGUUUGGCAAGAAAAUAACACGAACACUACAGAUGGAUCCGACAACCCAGUUUGCACCGAAGAAUCUUUAUGUGUAGCUGGAACUGCGGUGUUAGGCGACGUCUUUAAAGAUUACUUCCUCGGCUUCAUAAAGUUCAAUACCAUCUCGUUCCUUGGUUCUCUGAGCGUCACCCUCUUGCUAGUUAGCGGAAUUCCUCUCCAUCAUCGGAUAUCUAUGUGGCUCUUGUCAAUGGCCAUGUGCGUCACCCUCACAUUCAUGGCGCUUACCUACCUACAGGUUCUGUUGAUGGUGGUCCCUUACGGCGACGUUUUCAUAUCAUCUUAUAAAAUAUACAAAAUAUGCUUUAAGGUUUGGAUUGGGUUGCUGGUGAUGGUCAGUGUGAUGAACACUAUUCGCUUUCUCAUCUGGGUGGUGAAGAAGUUGCGGCCCGUCUACUCUAGGUCAAAAUCAGGUCUCCAGAAAAUUAUCAGUGGUCGCUUCUUUUCACGUAAGGCUGCAAUAAAUUAUGAGGAGAAUGCGGCUGCAGGUGCCUAAGAGGACCAAUUAAUCAGUAUUUGUAUUAUCCGCACCUAUUAGCUUGU